AUGAGCGGAAUGACCCUGUCGCCCGCCAGCGCCCAUGCUACUGGCGCCGCGACGGCCUCCUCGGUCGGUCCCACGUCAUUUUCGCACAGUCCAUUGGUAAAUCCGAUGUCCAGUCGUUUCCCAGGCUCGGGCAUGAAUUGGAUGUCGCGUCAGCAGGCGCAUUCUUCCUUUGCAGCGCCCCAAGGCACUCCGCCGAUGUCGACGUUACCGCCUGCCGUCAAUCUCUCGGUAGGCACGAGUAUGACGCCGACGUCACCGAGCUACUCGGGUCUUAGCUCGCCGCAUGGCGUUCCUCUGGUGAAACCCGGUAUUUCUCCCGUGGUACCGGCUUCGGUGACAGCGUCACCGUCGACAACGGCAGCCCUUACGGAGAAACAGACAGAAUGGGAGAAACAGCUUGUGUACGCUGAAAUUUCCCGACAAUCCUUUUCCCCGCAUCACCAUGCGCGUGCCGCGGCACUUGCGGCGCGUAGCUCCAUUAGCAAUGGGCAAGACCCCAGCAAGGGCAUCCAAUUUCCUGCGGGUGUAGCGGCCAUUGGUCUAUCUCUCCCGGUACCUAUUCCGGAGGACCAAAAAGGUGCGCGGGAUGUCUCCGCAGUCAUGUCGCCUAGCAAGCCCUUGGGUGCACGCACGCAUCAGGCUGAGUCGACCGAAGAGAAGACCUGGUCGCAGAUGGACAUGGGUGGCUUAAAGCUAAAGAACCUAUGCGACGACGUAUUUCGUUACACUUUUUUAACGUCGCUGUUCAUCAAUCACAACCAGCUCACGUCCAUUUCCCCUGCGGUGGUACAGCUGAAGAAUCUGUCCGUGCUCGAUGCGAGUGGCAACAGGCUAAUUAUGCUUCCACCAGAACUGGGCAUGCUCACUGAACUGCGUGAGCUCUACUUGUUUGACAAUCAGUUGACGAUGCUCCCUCCUGAACUGGGUACCUUAUAUCGUCUCCAGUUUCUGGGCAUUGAGGGCAAUCCGCUGCAGGAGAAUCUGAAAGAUAUUAUGAAGCAGGAUGGUGUGCAAGCUCUCAUUGCAUAUUUGCGCGACUCGUGCCCAGUGUCUGUUCCGCCACCGGAGCGUGAAUGGAUUGCACUGGACUCUGAUAUUCCGGUGUAUGACUCGGAGGAGGAGAACUCGAACAAUACGUUUGCGGUAUUGUCGUACAACAUCCUUUGUAAAAAGUAUGCGACCGCGCAAAUGUAUGGAUAUACACCCAGCUGGGCCCUGGAUUGGGAUUAUCGGAAAGAGUUCAUUUUGCAAGAGAUUAUCAGCUACGGAGCUGAUAUUUGCUGUUUGCAAGAAGUCGAGACCGGCGAGUUCGACAACUACUUUGCGCCAAAGCUCAACCAGAGUUCGUACGAGAGUAUUUUUUGGCCAAAGUCACGGGCUAAAACUAUGCGAGAAGACGAGCGUGUGCGUGUGGAUGGAUGCGCGACGUUUAUCAACUCACAGGUUUUCCACAUUGUGGACAAGCGCCUGAUCGAGUUUAACCAGAUCGCGCUACAGCGCCCUGACUUGAAAAAGACCGAGGACAUUUUUAACCGUGUCAUGACGAAAGACAAUAUCGCCUCGAUCGCGAUGCUGGAGCAUCGGAAAACGGGUGCCAAGCUCAUCGUGGCCAAUGCGCACAUGCAUUGGGACCCCGAGUUCCGCGAUGUGAAGCUUGUGCAGGCUGCGGUCCUCAUGGAGCAGCUUGAGUUGACCGGCGAUAUGUUUGCCAAGAUGCCCUCGCAAGUGACGCUCGAGGCAGGCGCGUCGGCGCCGACGUAUGCGUCCGGGAAGGACAUUCCGACGGUCGUCUGUGGCGACUUUAAUUCCACGCCGGACAGUGGUGUGUACGAAUUUUUGAGCCAGGGCCUGGCGCCCGGCAAUCAUGAGGACUUUAUGGAUCACACGUACGGCACAUACACGUCUGAGGGCCUUCGUCACGAUUAUGCGCUGCGCAGUGCGUACCAGCAUGUCGGUGAGCUGCCCUUCACGAAUCACACGCCUGGAUUUUCUGGUGCCAUCGACUACAUUUGGUACACCAGUAACUCGUUGGUCGCCUCGGGUCUCUUGGGCGAAGUCGAUGCUGGAUAUUUGUCUCGAGUUGUCGGUUUCCCCAACGCCCAUUUUCCCUCGGACCAUGUAUGUAUUCUUGCUGAGUUCAAGAUACCGCCACACCGGCAUAUCUCCUCGCGCUAG